AUGACGUCUCAUCUGAUGCCAUGCGGCUGCGCGGCGGUAGUGGCGUCGUCCAUUUCCUUCCGUAGGUCGGUUGCGGUGUUUCUCCCCUCCCCACGGCUUCGCCUGCCUAGGUCUUCUCCCUUGUAUUUUCCUACGCUGGCGCUUCUGAAGCGCAGCCCGAAGCGCCUCAAGUAUUCCUCUCAGCGCCUCAACAAGGUGAUCGCUAACUGAGCAGUGGGCGUUUCCGAAUUAUCGGCCCGGAGCUAUAUUGCCUGUUUUCCUCAUUUUUCUGACGGCUAAUCUCUCUGUUUUUUCGGCUUGUGUCGAUUGGGCUUCUUGGAAUGGUGGUGUGGACGAAAUAGAAGGGGGAGGAGAUGGUUUAUGUGGAGGUUGACCCAUCGGGCUCUGACAGUUGGAAGCUGGAGCGUGUUGUUGAACUCAUCAAGGAAGGUGCCGUGGGUGUCAUCCCGACAGACACUGUGUACGAUUCUUGCAUUUAAUUGACGCAGUCUUCUCUUUCUGUUGAGUUUUUUGCUAAUGCUGCUUUGUCGGGUUAGUACUUCCCAACGGGCUUUGACAAACAGAUGAGCAUUGAGAACAUUCCUAUUAUCAUGCAACUAUCGUCUGGUCUUAAGUACUUUCUUUUUCGUCGAUGAAUCUGUCGAGCAUGUUUAUCUUUAAUUAAGGUGGCAUCUGCCAAGAGGUCAGGAAAUGAUCAUUAUCAUGUGAUAUGAAUUUUGGAGAAGGUAAUUUGUGGCCAAGAGGUUUUUGAAGAUCUCUUAUGGUAGUGGCAUUGGGUCAUAAGGAUCUGAAGAUUAAAAAAACAGAAAAUAUUCAAACGAACAGAGAAUUCAUUUUUCACCUUUGGUGUUUUUAGGAAAUGAUAAAAAAAUGGAUUGCUCAUAUGUUCAGAGCUUUAUGAAAUUCGUAAUUGAUUCAAAAUCAUUGAUAUUAUCUCUUUUUGUGCUUGUGUUGUUAAAUGGUCAACAUGUAAGUAAUCAAAAGAAAGAAAUUAUAAGGCAAUAGAUAGACUGAAAUUCUGAACAGAUCAUUGUCACAUAUUUCUUCCCUAUCUUUUCCUCAAAUUUUUAAUCCAAAUUUGGAUUGCAAGAAGUCUUUGACUCAUCAUUCUAAGCCUAGAAUAUGAGAAACUCAAUCACCAAUAGGCAUGCUGUAAAUCCUUGUAGUACACCAAGGAGGUACUAUAAAGAGGUCUUAUGUGGGUGACGAUAACAUGUAAGUGGUCGGUGUUUGCUUGUAUGAUCUUGGUUUUUGAGGUUCCUUUAUUUUUUUUUUAAAUUCUAUUCGCUAUUUUUUUACCCUUUUUUUACUGUCGCACCUUCUGCUGCAGAAGGAACAUAUGGGUUUUGGUGAUAUUUCUUUCUAAUUUUUGGUUGAUGUUCUGCUCAAUUGAGAUGAAGCGGUGAAGUCAAAGAUUAAGCUUGUAGGACAUUCAUGCCAAUUUCCUAUUUUAUUGAGUGUUGGAGAUCAAAACUUGAAGGAAUUUUGGAUGAUGGAUCUUUUGUUGUGAAGCUUGCAUGCCAACUCAUUUUUGUCAUUUGAACUACAAUCGUAAUACUGUUUGAAGAUCAUUUGUGAUUGGACCAUAGGAUUCUUGGUGUCAAAUGUGCCAAUUAUUUUGAUCGUCAUCAAGAUUUAUGAUCAAUCGCAUUAUAUAGUCCAAAUAAUUAUAACGUGGAUCAGAUAUGAUUUAAACUACACUCAGAAAACAAGGACUCCUUUUCUGCUGUCUACCUUGAUACAGAGAAAAUAGAAGGUCCAACACUAGAGUAGGAGUAGAGAUAUGGAGGUAGGUUGGAAACAUUGAGAUGUGUGUGCUGCCUGAGCCAAACGUACCGUACAUGCUAUAGUGUAUUCUACAGCCCAUAAAAUCUUCAAGAACUUGCUUCUGUCUAAGUGGAUCUUAAAAGCCGUUUUCGAAGUUUUGGCAUGUUCCACUCUCCCUUUCCCCACUCUCGAAACGCACAUACCCCUUUCUUAUUCUGGGUUUGCUUACUUGCUUUGCUUUCACUAUAAUCGAUCGUUGUGUUGGAGGCUAGGGAUCUGAAACCUUUUAUUUCCGAAUGGUAUAUACGAACUUAGUCCUCCUUGCUGAAAGAAAACAUUUACUCUAUUAUAAAUAUUGUGAUCCUUACAUGACAGUUUUUUAAGCACCGUUGGGUUUAGCAUUUUCAUCGGAUUGAAAAUUGCUGUCCUGAGAGUUGGGUAGAUUACCAGCCACUCAGUUGGUUGUGAAAUCAUUGGAAUGCAAGAAAGAGAAGGCCUGGAAAGAACAUCCAUGUUACGUCAAAUGAUGUUAUGGAAUGGUGGGCUUAGCUAUCAAGGUGCAGUCAGUACACUUGUCAUCUUUUUCUAACCCAUUCUUCUCUACCUCUCAUAAAAAAAGUUGCACAGAGUCCGAUUUCUUUGUUUUAUAGCUUCUCAACAACAUGACAGGGUUAGAUUAAGAAAUGGAUCAUUAGGUGACUCUGUUUUAGGGAACAUGCAUCACAUUUAGGAAUGCAAGUAGUUCGCAAAAAAUCGUUCUGAUUAUUGACAUUAUUUUCAUGUUUUCUAAACUGAUUUGUGAUUAGUUUCAGAAAUGGUUUUUAAUCGUAUUUCUUAAACUUUUUCUCUCCACUUAAAUCGUUACCAUUGAAGUGAUAUUAUGAUUUAACUUGAGUUUUUCGAAGAAUUCUCCCAGACGAUGGAACCAGAAGGAUGCCAUGUAUCCCUGGAAACAUCUCGACCUCUAGAGCAUCUCCCAAAAUAUUAUGCCAUAGAAUUUGAUCUUAUUUGUUCCCAAUACUUCUACUGGUAAACAAUACUGACCAUAAUAUGUGAAGUAUUCAUCAUCUCCUGAAUUAGAAGUUUUAAAAAAAAAAGUAUUUGACUAGGUUUCAAAAGCUUAUCCUCCGUCAUACGCCCAUACGUACCUGGGUAAAGAAAUAGCUAACAAAUAGUUUACUCUUGUAUCGUGUAUCAGUUAUUUUGCACCAAGACGAUCUAAGAUCAGUAUCGAAUUAUAAUUCCAAGGCAUUGAAAAAUGUAGUCUGAUUACAGGAAGUGGUGAUUGUAUUACAUCAUUAAAAAAUCAACUGUUUUCAGAUCUUAUGGUUCUUCUGCAAAUAAUUGAUUCCUUUUCCGUCUUUUGAGAGGUCAGCUAUGCGAUCGUAUGUGAUGUGAAAAGUCCUUCAUCCAUUGAGCGCCUUCGCAGGUAAUUUCUUCCCACCUUGCUGUUAAUGUCUGAACUCUCGACGUGCCCACAGAUUUUUCAGGCAGUUUUUUGUAUUUUUCUUUCACAGAAUCAAAGGCAUCGAAGACUCCAAGGCAAGAACAAUAACGCGGUGAUUCCGCUCCAAAGUGUGCAUCAUAUGCAGGCCCCCAUCCGUUCAUAUUUUCUUGGGGGGGAACCCUCGGCACCGUGCCAUGUUUCUUUUACUAUGACUCCCGUAAUCUGAGAAUCUCACUGCCAAUGCAGCCCCUCAGUAUCUUAUGCCGCUCCCUCCGCGACAUAGACACGUACUCCAUGGGAUUCCCCCGCGGCAACGACCACGGGCAGACGAACAUAUUCCGAGCCGUCAAGCAGUGUCUGCCCGGCCCGGUGAGGAACAGCAUCUCUGGCUUUUUCUUUUCUUCAAGCCGACCGACUCCAUCAGAGAUAACUUGAAAUAACCAGCUAGUUUCAUGUCGCAGUAUACAUUUAUUCUACCUGCAAGCAAGCAGCUACCGAAGCAGUGCAUAACGCACGGGAAAACGACCAUGUGUUCGUGGCGGAAGCACGUCGGUGUGCGCAUCCCAGAUGACCCCAUCUGUCAGGCCAUACUGAACAUGCUGGAUGCGCCCUUGAUAUGCACCAGGUGAGGCCCUUCCCCUUCCCAUUUUGGACAGCUGAUGAUCGGACGUGUAACUAUUGUGGGUCUUCUCUCUCUUCUCUCUCUCUCUCUCUCUCUCUCUCUCUCUCUCUAGCGUGGAGUGGCCCACCAAGGACCAGAGCAUUCUGGACCCCGUCGUGAUCGCCGACGUCUAUGAGCCAGAGGUACAUAUAAGCUGUACACUAUCUGUUCUUGACUCCUCUGCUUUCUAACUAGUCUCAUCCCGUUGACUUGUAGGGGCUGGACUUUGUUGUGGAUGGUGGGGUUCGCUUGGCCGAUCCUUCCACGGUCGUCGAUAUGACGGCGGGAUCUCCAACCGUUGUUCGGCUGGGGAAGGUAUGGGCCUUAAUGGGCUUUUCUUUGGGCUUGGCCGAGGCCUCUCUAGUCCGGCCCAGGCCCGACCCCGUCGACGGCCCGAUUUAGAGAGGUCCCUGGGUUCUUUAUCCUCCCUUCGUAUUUUCUGGUGGGGUACUCACUAGCUUUUUGUGUUAUUCCUUUGUUAUUCUGUACUUCAACUCCGCAGGGACCUAAGCUUGAUUGGAUGAUGGCAGACGAGGAAGAUUCCGUUGAACAGGAAGAGUAA